GCUAACUGUAUCAGAGAAGCUGAUAAAGUUCUUAUUAAGUGAAGUUUGUGAAGAAUAUUCAAAAACUUUAUAGAAAAUUUUGGAUUUUUAACAUUUCAAAAACAAUACAUAUAUUUAAAUAAAUGGCUAGUCUUGAGGAUGAAUCUCUUUGGGAAGAUGGAGAGGAAGCUUUGGGCGAGGAUGUUUGGAGAAUGUCUACAGAUGAAAUUGUAUCUCGUACACGUUUAUUAGACAAUGAAAUUAAAAUUAUGAAAAGUGAAGUAAUGCGUAUUUCUCAUGAACUCCAGGCACAAAAUGAUAAGAUUAAAGAGAACACAGAGAAAAUUAAAGUUAAUAAAACUUUGCCUUAUUUGGUAUCUAAUGUUAUAGAGUUGCUAGAUGUGGACCCUCAAAAUAUGGGGGAAGAAGAUGGUGCAGUUGUUGAUUUAGAUGCACAAAGAAAAGGCAAAUGUGCAGUUAUUAAAACUUCUACUCGUCAAACAUAUUUUUUGCCUGUGAUUGGAUUAGUUGAUGCUGAAGCUCUGAAACCUGGAGAUUUAGUCGGUGUUAAUAAAGACAGCUACCUUGUCCUUGAAACAUUGCCUGCUGAAUAUGAUGCAAGAGUAAAAGCUAUGGAAGUAGAUGAAAGACCUACAGAACAAUAUUCAGAUAUUGGUGGCUUAGACAAACAAAUUCAAGAAUUAAUAGAAGCUGUAGUUUUACCUAUGACACACAAAGAAAAAUUUGAGAAUUUAGGUAUUCAGCCUCCUAAAGGUGUACUCUUGUAUGGACCACCAGGAACUGGCAAAACUUUAUUAGCUAGAGCUUGUGCUGCACAAACAAAAUCCACUUUUUUAAAACUAGCAGGGCCUCAACUUGUUCAAAUGUUUAUUGGAGAUGGUGCAAAAUUAGUAAGAGAUGCAUUUUCACUUGCAAAGGAAAAAGCACCAGCAAUCAUUUUCAUAGAUGAAUUGGAUGCUAUUGGUACUAAACGAUUUGAUUCUGAAAAAGCUGGUGACAGAGAAGUACAACGUACUAUGUUGGAAUUAUUAAAUCAGUUAGAUGGAUUUAGUUCAACAGCUGAUAUUAAAGUUAUAGCGGCUACAAACAGAGUGGACAUUUUGGAUCCAGCAUUAUUGAGAUCUGGUCGUUUGGAUAGAAAAAUAGAAUUUCCACAUCCAAAUGAAGAAGCUAGGGCUCGUAUAAUGCAAAUUCAUUCACGAAAAAUGAAUAUGUCUCCAGAUGUUAAUUUUGAAGAAUUAUCGAGAUCUACUGAUGAUUUUAAUGGCGCUCAAUGUAAAGCCGUUUGCGUGGAAGCGGGUAUGAUAGCAUUGAGACGUAAUGCAACAGCAGUUACACAUGAAGAUUUAAUGGAAGCUAUUAAUGAAGUUUUAGCUAAAAAGAAAGCUAAUCUUAACCAUUAUGUCUAAUAUGCUUCAUUUAAUGGUUUAUUUAUUAAGAUACAUUCUAUAAAAACCGAAGUUAUAGACUGCAACAAUUGUAAACAAAACUAAAUUUCA